AUGAAGUGCAUUAUUCUCGUUGUCCUAUCCUGCGCUGCAGUAUUAAACGCCCAGCCAUUUGGAGGUCUUGGUCUAAGAAGAAUGGGUGGGUUAGGCUUAGGGUCUGGAUUAGGCCUAGGUGGUCUUGGAAUGGGAGGAAUGGGCCUAGGUGGUGUCGGCAUGGAAGGAAUGGGUCUAGGUGGUCUUGGUAUGGGAGGAAUGGGUCUAGGUGGUCUUGGAAUGGGAGGGAUGGGGGUAGGUGGUCUUGGAAUAGGAGGAAUGGGGGGAGGAUACACCGGCGGUGGCGGAUAUGGUGGUGAGGGUUAUGGCAGUGGCGCAAGUGGUUUCGGAAGCCAAGGUUACCAGAAUGCUGGAGCGGGUGGCUUUCACAACGUUGGUGCUCAUCACAAUAAAGUUACAUCUAUAAACCAAGCUGAAGAUUCUGGCUUCCACAACGUUGGUGGUGGAUCAGCGAUGGAUAACGCUGGUUACGCCGGAAACGGAUAUAAUGGAUUUGAAAACGGUGCCUCACAAUUUGGAAAUGGUUUUGGAUCCGGCAGUCAAGGAAUGAUAAUAUAA